CUCUCUCUCUCUCUCUCUCGCUCGCUCUCUCGCUCUCGCACACCCCAUCGACCGUCCCUCUCUGUGCGUUUUAAUACCGCUGUAAGUCAGUGGAAUUAUAUCUCUCGACCGCGAGAUCAGUGGGUGAGUGAGAUUCAUUUUUGCGCUACGGAGGAACGCUAAAGGAGCCAUGGAUGACGAUCUGCCAACCGAGUACGAUGUCAUAGUCGUCGGCACAGGAAUGACUGAAUCUAUCGUUGCUGCUGCGGCUAGUAGAAUUGGUAAAAGAGUUUUACAUUUGGACAGCAACGAGUAUUAUGGAGGAUUGUGGGCAACAUUUAAUUUUGAUGGCUUUCAAAAAUGGAUGGAAGAUCUUAAAAUAAGUAAACACGAUUCCAAAGACUUUAAGCCCGAUUUAGAAAAUGGUGAAACAUUUUUAAAAGCUAGCAAUCAAUAUUCUACUGUAGAAAACAUUGCGGAAGAAUGGUUUAUUUCUCACGAAGCAGACUUACCCUUAGUUUUGACAAAAGAUACCCAAACUGAUGGCUCGAACGAUACUUCCUCGCUCACGACUGAGAAAACCGAUGAGGAUAAAAAUGAUAAGAAGGAAACAAAACAUUGGAGUGUAGAUCGUAUAAAGAAGGAAUAUAGAAGAUUUAAUAUUGACUUAGCACCAAAGCUUCUUUAUGCUCGAGGUGAGUUAGUGGAGCUUUUGAUUUCGAGUAAUAUAGCUCGUUAUGCAGAGUUCCGUGCAGUUUCUAGAGUAGCUACUUGCAUGGAUGGCAAACUCAUUCAAGUUCCUUGUUCACGAGCCGAUGUAUUUGCCAAUAAAACUGUGAGCGUUAUUGAAAAAAGAAUGCUUAUGAAAUUACUCACUUCUUGUAUGGAUCAAGGUGCGGAUAGUCCCGAGUUUGACGGAUACCACGAUAAGACAUUCUUAGAAUACCUGAAUACCAAAAAUUUAACACCAAUUGUUAAUCAUUAUGUGAUGCAAGCUAUAGCUAUGUCUACAGACAAAACGUCAUGUAGAGAUGGCGUUAAUCGUACAAAACAUUUUCUAAAUAGUCUCGGUCGAUAUGGAAAUACUCCUUUCUUAUGGCCUAUGUACGGUAGUGGAGAGCUACCACAAUGUUUUUGCAGAUUAUGCGCUGUUUUUGGCGGAGUUUAUUGUCUGAAACGUCAUCUGGAUGGCGUUGUAGUAAGCGAAGAUAAAUGCAAAGCUAUUUUAACUGGGAAGCAAAGGCUAUCACUGGAGCAUCUUGUUGUUGGACAAGGUCAUCUGCCUCCAGAAAUUGUAGCCUCAACUGGCGAAAAUCAAAUUUCUCGCGGUAUUUUUAUUACGGAUAGAUCAAUAAUGCAAGGAGAGAAAGAAAAUUUAACACUUUUAUACUAUCCACCGGAAGAAUCGGAUCAAGAAGCUGUAACAGUUAUUGAAUUAGGGCCAUCAACGAAUGCUUGUCCCCAAGGACUGUUUAUGGUUCAUAUGACGUGCAAACGCACAAAAACUGCUCAAGAAGAUUUAGCCUACGUUGUUAAAAGAUUUUUAUGUGCCAAGACUCUUGAAAGUAAUGUUUCUCGUACUCCAACAGAUUCUCAUACACAAACUGUUGCUACAGAUCAACAUCAAGCUCAGGAGGGAGAUAAAGGAGCCAAUGAAGGCACUAUUGAAAACCCAAUGCCUCAAGUAUUGUGGUCUUUGUACCUUAAUUUACCAGCGAGUGAUAUUAAACUUAACGAGUCUGCACCAAGCAAUAUUCAUCUUUGUUCUGGUCCUGAUCUAGAUUUAGAUUUUGAUUUUGCUGUUAAUCAGGCGAAAGAAAUUUUUAAAGCCAUGUAUCCAAGUGAAGAUUUCUUACCUCGUGCACCCGAUCCGGAAGAAAUUAUUUUAGAGGGAGAAGAGAUACCGGGUCCUAAAUUUGAGGGUGAUAACACAUCAGGUGAAAAUGAAAAACAAGAUGCAGAAAAGGCAGAAAAAGAAGAAUAAUAAAGAAUAAAAAAGAAAAAUCGCAGGAAUUACGUACUUGCUUAAUCUCAUUAAUUGCUGAAUCUUAUAUUAGAUCAUUAUAAAAUAUUAAAGUAUGAAAAUGAAAUCUAACAUCUUAGUUUAUUUAUUUUUUAAUGCAUUUUAUUGCAUAUUUGAAAUUAUAAUGAGAUUAGGGAAUAGUACUGUAAAAGCUAUUUAUCACAAAAUUAAAUAAAAAAAGGUUUGAAUAUUAUUAUUUUUUAAUUA